AAUACCCAGCAUCAGUCGGUGCUCCCUCACACACUUCCUCACUCGGCAUUUUGUGCAUUGGCUUUCACCAAGCCGGUUCCUUUACUCGCUUCCUAUUUCCAAAGCGGCGUUGAUUGGAAACCUCUCUAACAAAGGUUGUGGAAACAAUAGCAAAUAUACCAACAAGAGCUAUAGUUAUAUCCGAACUUGUCUUAUCAAAAAUCCUGUAUCAACAACAUGUCUUGGGGAGAAUAUCUGAACAAUCUGAAGGCUGAGGGCCUCAAACACGCCGCUAUUUGUGGCUUAGAUGGAUCAUGGGUCCAAGCAUCCGAAGGCUCAGAGAUCACACAAGAUGAGGUGAAGUCAUUUUUAAGCUCCAUGGGGAACGUGGAAGCUUUGGCUGGAAGUGGUAUUCGCAUUGGAGGCGAGAAGUACAUGUACAUCUCGGGGACUGACACCAUCUGUCGGGGCAAGAAGGGCCAAGGCGGCAUCCACAUGGCCAAAAGCAAUACCACUCUGGUGAUUGGAAUAUAUGACGAGAAUGUUCAACCUGGACAAGUCGCCAUUGUGGUGGAGAAGAUGGCCGAUUAUUUGAGUGGGCAGAACUACUAAAACUAUAUUCGACGGGACAGAGCAGAUGUGUCGUGGGCUACGGAGGACGACCCUUCUAUUUCAAUGAUUACUCGAUUACUGCACCACUGACACUUUCCGGCCGGCCGGCCAAUCAUUCGGUCCGCCUGUUGUUGUGGCCACGUUGUGACACACAAACCAGAGAUUGAAAAGAUAUUAAUAAAAGAAACCCCCUUUCUCCUGAAUUUUGAUACCAAAUACUUUUCACGCUUUAUUACGUAUUUUGAAAUGCUUCCAAAUCUCCCUAAAAUUACGCAUUUGAUGCUCAAACAAAACUAUCUUCUUGAUCCUUCCUCAUUGUGUCUCUUCCAUUAAGGCGUUUUACAUCCCUCUGUUUUUGUGAUUCCAUUCUAAUAAACUUAAGAUGAUUUA